AAUGGAUUAGAAGGAUUUCAUAAUUGAUACUUAAAGUGAAUUCUUUACAAAGAAAUUUUAAGUUACUCUUACAAAAAGGGAACCAAUCAAUCAUGAUUCUUAUAUGUUUAGAUUUGAUUUCAAAAAUCAAAAAGAGAGAUUGGGAAUGCAAGCUGUUUAACAUAUCAAAAUUUAGUAAGUUUUAUAUUUUAAUAUUGAGUGGUCUUAAUAUGAAGGGUGAGAUUGUUGACAGAGCAUACACUCAUGUUUUUGAAGAUGAUGGAUAUUUUUUAAUACCUAUCAAAAUUUAUAGACCUAAUGUUCAUCCUAAAUUUCCAAAUGGAGGAGAAUUAACUCCAUGGUUAGAAAAGUUAGAAGUAAUUCUUUAUAAUAAAUUAAUAGCUUCAUUCAGAAUUAACAAUUAAAAGAUGUGUAGGUAAGUUGCUUUAUCAUAAUAAUCAAUUUAUUGUUAGACCAAAACUUAAUAAGACUUGGUAGUAAUUCAAUACAGUAUUAUUGAUUUGUGGAGGAAGUGGUAUCACUCCAGCCUAUUAAUUAAUUCGAGCCAUAUGUAGUAAUCCAAAUGAUAAUACAAAGAUGAUCCUUUUAUAUGCAAAUAAAACUGAAUAAGAUAUUUGGUUAUUAAAAGAAUUAAAUGAAUUAUCUGAUAAGCACAAAGAUUAAUUUACAGUUCAUUACACCUUAGAUAAUGUAUUUAUAUAAUAUAAUCUUAAAGUUUGAUGAGAAUUGGAAAGGUCUAAAAGGAUUUGUGAGUUUAGAAAUGAUGACAUCAAUAUUUCCAAAGGCAACUGAAACUACAUUAGGAGUGUAAUGCGGACCUAAACCAAUGAACAAGUUAGUCCUAUCGCUUUAUGAAUAAUUUGGAUUAAAGAAAGAUAAUAUAGUGAAAUUCUGAGU